AUGGCCCGCGGCGCGGCGGCCUGCGAAAGCCACGCGCGGCUGCUGCUGGGCCGGGGCGAGCUGCGCCCCGCGCCCGCGCUGCUGGCCCCCGCCGUGCUGCUGGGCGUCGCGCUCGGCCUGGGCCUCGGCCUCUGGCUGGGCCGGCGCGCGGGCCGUCUGCGCCCCCGGCUCCAGAAAGACAACCCUCACCGAUUGCUCAGGACUUCAGAGCCUGCUGCACAGAGCCUGCGGGAUCCUGGCUCCCCAUCCAGGAGGUGCAACCGAGAAGCACCCGUGUGCAGGGAUGAGGAUGCACCUGAGGAGCGUGAGCUGCCUUUCAGCAGCAACAUCACCGCGUUUGCACUGAAGGCCAGGGUCGUCUACCCCAUCAACCAGAAGUUCCGGCCCCUGGCUGAUGGCUCCUCCAACCCAUCUCUGCACGAGACCUCGCCACAGGGGCCGGCUGCUCUGCCACACCAGCCAACCGAGGCCUCACCUGCCAGCAGCCUGGGGAGCCUGAGCCAGGCUGGCAAAGACGAUGGCAGCUCAUCUUCCAGCAUGCACUCCACCGCCAGCGAGGACAGGCUCCUCAGCCGAGCCUUCCUCUGGGUCGGCAGCUUCCCUGAGGUGCUGGCCUGUGAAAGUGCGGACAUCGACCUGUGUGUCUAUAGCCUUCACCUGAAAGCCCUGCUGCGGGUGGACGCGGUGCUGCGGCAGGAAAAGCAUCUGAUGUUUAUGCAGAUUUUUAAAAUGUGCAUCUUGGACCUUUUUCCUAAAAAGAAGUCAGAUGAUGAAUUUUACCAGAUGAUUCUUUCAAAACAAGAACAUGACUUGGAAGAAUUGGAAAAGGGACUUCAGACCAGACUGGCAAACAUGGAGAUGUUGGGUGCAAGUGACUCUGGCUAUAUCACCCUGGCAGACGUGGAGAAGAAGGAGAGGGAGUGCUCAGAGCUGCUCAUGGACCACAUGGAAGCUUUCUGGAAACAGAUGGAAAACAUCCAGCCCUUUCUUGUGGACCAAUUUAAAUGUUCCAGCUCCAAAGUGCGGCAAAUCAUGACAGUUCUGACAGAAAGAAUGAUUGCUGCAGAAGGUUUGCUGCGUGACUCCCAGGACCUGUGCGCUCUGGACACCCUGGAGAGAACACUGGGGCGGACCCACAUGGCCAGGGUGGUGGAGUUCCUGAGGACGCAGAUCCAGGAAGAGACCAGGUGCCGGCUAACCGCUAUCUCACGCUGCCUAGAGCUGCUGACUGUCCAGGGACAGCUGUCCUCAAGGCAGAAGGAGGAGCUGCUGACCCAGCAGCACAAGGCCUUCUGGGAAGAAGCUGAGCACUUCAGCAGGGAGUUCAUCCAGCGAGGCAAAGGCCUGGUCCAGGCAUCCCAGGCUCGCCAAGCAGAGGAGACAGCAGAGCUCAUGCUGGCCCAAGAGGAGGAGCGGAGAAGCUUCCUGACUGAUUCUCAGCUGACUUCAGACCCAGAGAAGUUUCUGAAGGAUUUUCACAAGGUCCUGGAGAGGCAGAGGUUGACGCAGAGUGACCGAGAGGAAGAGGAGGAUAUCCGAAUCACCGAGGCCAUGGCUGCACUUUGCCAAGAGCUUUACUGCUGCACCAUGGAAACGUUCCAGAAGUUUGUGGACACCCUGUUCCUGCAGACCCUCCCAGGCAUGAGCAGCCUCCUGGUGGCAGAGUGUGAGGCCCUCCAUCAGCAGGUGCAGGAGCAGGCGGCAAGACAGCUGGGGAAGGCAGACCGCUUCCGCAGACAGCAAUGGGGGCUCCUGAUCGACUUCCUGGAGCAGGACAGGCAGGUAUGGCUGGAGGAGUGUGCCCUGUCCACAGUGCUGCAAACACAGCUGCGGACUGACCAGGAGAGCGCCAUCCAUGGGGUCCUGGACCGGCUCAGCGGCCUCUCUGAAGAGUCCACACGGGGCGUCUUACAGGGCCACAAGCUGCUGCUGUGCUCUGCCCUGCGCAGGCUGGCCCUCCGCGGCCUCGCUUUCACUGCCCUGGUCCAGAUGAGGCUGUCUGGGAAGAAGAGACUCCUGCAGGAGCUUCGCGAGCAGCUGGUGCUGGAACAGGGGGCUGCUCCGUGCCUGGAGGAGCAUCAGUGGCAGCUGCUCAGAGCCCUGGAGGCCCGCAUCCUGGAGGAAGCUGCCAGGCUGCAAGAUGAGACACAGCAGACACGGCUGAGGCUCCAGCAGCAACUGCUGGCUGAGGUGCGGGAGGCAGGGCAGCUGCUGCAGCGGCGUGCGGAGCGGGCCCUCGGACAGGCACUGGUGGCGCAUGCGCGGAGCACAGCCAGCAGGACUCGAGCCAGGGACAGGGAAGACUUCAAGAGGGCGCUGGUGGAGACGGUGGUGGAGAGCGUGUACGUGACGGGCACUGGUGUCAGCCGCCUCGUGCAGGUGUAUUAUGAACGUGUUGGGAGGCUCCUGCAGGACCAUGAGGAGCGGGUGCUGCACCACCUGAACACCCUGCAGGGUGAGAGAAUUGACGCGUACAAGCUGCGGAAGAAGCGAGAGCUCAGUGACCCGCUGUCAGGGAGUCAGACAGCAGAUGACGGCUGUGGCGCCCCCCAGGCUGUGCACGAGAGGAUGCUGUUGCAGCAGAGAAGAUUCCUGGAUCUGCUCACCAUGCACCAGCGGAGCCGCCUGGACACCCAGAGGCAGAAGGCUCGAGCGCUCGAGCAGCUCGAAGCCCAGUUGGAGACCCAGCUGCAGGAAGCUGAGCAGAGUUUCACCUCAGAGCUGGCAGCCUUGGCCCGAGUGCCUCUUACAGAAAACAAGGCACUCUGCAGCAAGCGCGGACUGCCGGAGAAGCCAGUAAGAACCACAAGGAAGAAGGCCCCUCCACGGGAGAGAGAGGAGCAGGGGCUGCCCAAUGAUGAGGACCCUGCCUUGGGGGACCGCGCCACAGGACCACUCAGGAGCCAAAGGCUGGACCGGCAAGACAGUGAUGCUGGCUAUGGGGAAAACUCGAAGAUGCUGAAGAAACGAAGCAACUUGUAGUUCAAGACGAGCCAGGGACAGACCUGAGACCCCAGCUCUGCUACGCACUGCUUCCCUCCACAGCGGCAGCCUGUGUGACUUGGGGCCAGGAGGUAGAAGCCAGUUGUGAGAAGGCUGGAAAAGGGACACUGCUUGCCCUGGAAAGUGCAAACGGGUGACGGCAGUCCAGGCACCUGUGACCAUUGGAAGCAGUGGUGGGAAAUGAUCUUACAAGUGUAGUAUCUCACUUAGCUUCCACCUUGCCGCAGUUCUCCCUGACCCCUUCCUUCCUUCCUUCCUCUGUAGGCUUUCCCUCCCCUAGCCUGACACUAUGUCCUGACGCUGCCUGGUCAUCUGAUCAGAGCCCUGGAAGCUCCCUGAUUUCCAGCCUUUCAGUGGGGUUAUGCCAGGCAGUGUGUGGGCAUUGCUGUGACUUCCUGGACCAAAGGCUACUGUCCCUGCCACCUCCGUUGCCCGGUGCUCUACCCGUGGCUCUGGCACUGGCUGCCAGUGUCCUGACAAGGACCACCUCCUCAAUUUGCUAUUUCUGCCCUUUGUCUCAAGCAGCACUUGAGACCUGGUCACCAAGGGACGUCAGAGUCUCAGGGCUAAAGUCCCAGACCAGAUCAUGGCAUCCCUGGCCCACAGGCCUGUCCUGAGCCACCUAACCACAGUGCCUGUCACCUGCUUCAUGGCCUCCUCCUCAGCACAGAGGGACACAGGACGAGUGUGUCUCUGCUCUCUGGCUUCAUUGGGAUCCCUUCCACUGCUCAGCAGUGCCUCCCCUGAAGACAUCACCCCCAGGCAUCUGCUUUUCCUGAGAGAUGGCAGGAAUUUUCAGAUGCUUCCAGACCAGCCCAGAAGCCUUUCCCACAUAGGGGGAUUCUCUUUUAAUAUCCAGGAUCCUUAACACAAGCAUUAUAGAAAUUUGUGAAUACUGCCAGUGCCAAAUAUUGAGUCUGUCAUGUCUCAGCCUGAUCGCCAAGAGUCACAAGCGUUAAGUGUCAUGGCCAAGACCAGCAGCACAGAGUUCCCAUCGAGCGGCUCUGGGAAGAUGCCUUUCAGGGGACACCUGUGUGCCUGAGAGAUGCCAGCCUGAAGUGAGCCACUGGCUCAGGUUUUAAAAUAGCACAUGGCAUACUUUUUCUCUUCAACAGUUUCUUGUGCCUUAACCUCCUUGGGUUGACUUGUGGUCUGUGAUGGUCAUAGUUCUCUGCUCAUCCUUAGUAUAUACCCGCCACCCCCACUGUUUUACGUGGACCAGGCUGCCUUGUAUAGCAUAACCUGCCCAGCAGCAACCCUGGCCUCCUCCCCUGAAAUGCCAGCCACACCCUCCGUAGAAAUCACCAACCCUAGUCCCAGCAUUGUCCUAGUGGGUCCUGGGGUAAGUCAACAUGGCAAGCCCAGCAUGAGUGCCUCUGCAGUUCCAGAACAGAAUGUCCUCUGUGGCUCAGACAUGGUCUUAGGGGUCCUCUAGGCUGUCUUUGAAUUUGAGGUUCUCAGAGCUUAACUUAGACCUGGAUGGUCAGAAAGGUAGCCACUUACAGCAGGUCACUGAUCUUUCUAACAGAACUGAGAGCACUGUAUUUCUUAACCGGCCCUGUGGGUUCCCAGUGUUAGUCCACAGUGCCCUCUGGUGGCUAGAUGAAGCCUGGUGCUCAUUUGAGCAGUGGGGAAAUCUGUUUACUUGGUGCAGAAUGCUCAGAGCAUGGCUGCAUAGGGAUCACUAUUGUCACGUGAGCAUGGAGAAUGCAGGACACCUAGUGUUCUCCCCCGCACAACCAGUAGUACCAGAAUUGGCCAUGUAAGCUGAGAUUAGAACUCAAAGACCACAGUUAGAUUUAAGUAACUCAUUGCCACCAGGGAGACCAGGCCCAAAUCCUACUUCCUCCACCUGUCCUGCUGCCCCCCCACGCCCACCUGCCCACCCUGUGCUACUCAGAAAGGUUUGAGACAAGUCUGAAGACUUUGAGACCAUGUCCUCAUCACACCCCUGGAAUUCAAGGGGGCAUGGUAGUGACUUCCUGAGUGGUGGUCUUCCUACCCCCAUCUAAAAUAAAACUGGAAGACACAAACCGAGUGCUCCGUGCCCCAGGCUGGAGGACCAUGAUGAUUUGAAAUGUCGCCCAUAGACUCACGUAUUGUGAGUUCUUGAUCCCCAGCUAGUGGCAACCUAGGGAAGUGUGGAGCCUCUGGGAGGCGGGUCCUUGCUGGAGGAGGUGCGUCACCGUCACCAGGGCGGGCCUUGAGGUCACUAGUGCAAGCCACUGGGUGUUCAGAGCGAGCUUGCUGGGACUGUUUCCUUCCUGCUGGUGGGACCUAGGCUUCCUGCUCAGGCCUGCCCUGCUCUUCCCGCCGUGAGGAAACUUCCCCCCGAAACUGAGCUGAAAUAAACCCUUUCCUCCCAUA